CUCUACAGGACAGUGCCUGUGCUGAAGGGGAUGGUCUUCGGGAACCUCUUUCCAGUGGUCUUGAAGCCGUUUCACCUGUAGAUCAGCAGGUUCAAACCCCUCCAGCUUCAGUCCACCACAGUCCAGCAUCAGAUCAUGGAGUGGACGUGUCAACUGAGGACGACAUUCUGAGCCGGUUUGAAAUCGGUGAAAUGCUUGGUGAGGGAGGAUACGGCUCUGUUUAUGAGGGGAAACGCUUAGAGGAUGGCCUUGAGGUGGCCGUGAAAUUUGUCAAAAAGACAGAGAGCAUGGAAUUCAUCAACAUUCCUGGUCAUCCUACGCCCCUCCCAUUAGAGGUCGGCCUGUUAACACUUGUUAAUAGGGGCCCCAAAGUUCGAGAGAUAAUUGAGCUGGUGGACUGGCAGGAUCAGCCUGACCAAUAUAUCAUGGUCUUGGAGCGUCCCUCACACUGCAAAGAUUUGUUUGAUUUUUUGGAGGAUCACGAAGACAGCCUCAAUGAGGAAACGGCUCGGCGUAUCAUGGCGCAGGCAGCAAUGGCCGCUCACAUGUCCUGUCGACGUGGAGUUUUCCACAGUGACAUCAAGUUGGAGAACCUCUUGAUCAACACAGAAACACUCGAGGUCAAACUGAUUGACUUCGGGUGCGGGUCUUUUCUGCAAGAGUCCGCCUAUGACGUCUUCUGUGGCACUAAGGUUUACUGCCCACCUGAGUUCUUCACAGAGGGCACGUACCACGCUAAACCAGCUACUGUGUGGUCUCUGGGAGUGCUCUUAUUCGAACUAGUGUGUGGACGCGUUCCAGAAUCCGAAGACCUGGAGAAGAUUGAGGAUGACAUCUGGUCUGAGCCUGGCUUGUCAAACGAAUGCUGCCACCUGAUUCGAUCCCUCCUGCAGGAAAACCCAAGCCGGCGGAUUGGUUUGGGGAAAAUCAUUUUCCAUAAAUGGUUUAAGCAGCCUGUUAGUGAGGGAAGUGAUAGUCAGGAGAGACAGAAGAGAAAGAGUAGUUCUGGAGAGCAGCUUCAUCUUCAUCCGAGCAGCAGCUCAGGUCAGGGUCAGAGAGUGGAGGAUCAGACCACUGCAGCCACUAGUGAGAGACACGCAGAGGAUGAAACCAAGCGGACAUCCUCUAUCAUUGGCCAGAAGAGAAAACGAAGUUCUCGCAGUGCUCCGCUGUACGAUGAGGCUGAAACCCAUCAGCAUUUUUGUGUUGGUGAUGAAAACGAGAGGCCGAUGAAAAAGAAGAAGAGGACGGAUAGUUUUGAGAAGCAUCCGUCUCUUCACCUUCUGUGAUCGGAGCGGCAGCUCUGACCAAGAUGCAUCGGAGACAAGCUGAGGGAAACAUUGAAGACACACAAUUGCAUCAACC